UUUUAAUUCAAAAGUGCGGAAAAAGUAGUUUUCUUUGUAACUUCGUUUACAUUGCUAAUUGUAGUCAUAUGUGGUACAAAAUUAUGUAUAUAUAACUUUCGCGUUUUUAGCAUAAACAGUUUUAAUAUAUAUAUUCUUUAUGGCAGGAAGAGGUGGAGCUCGUAAGAAAACUGCCGCAAAAGGAUAUCAGUUGCCUGAGCCUAUACCAGAAGGAUAUGAAAUAUCUGAUACCACUAAAAAGAGCUGGCUUAUCGGCACACAAAUUGGAUCUGGAGGUUUUGGGACUGUAUACUUUGCCUCAUCUAAAGAAAAGCCCAAGGAAAUGAAUUAUGUUAUUAAAAUAGAAUAUCAUGCUAAUGGGCCACUUUUUGCUGAAAUGCAUUGCUAUCAAAACAUUGGAAAGCCUGCUCGUAUUGAAGAGUGGAUAAAACAAAAAAAGCUUCCUUAUUUGGGUCUUUCACCUUGUCAUGGAUUUGGUUCUUUUGAGUAUAAAGGAUCCAAGUAUCGUUUUAUGGUGUUAGAAAAAUUUGGAAAAGACCUACAAAAAUUAUUAGAAGAAAAUAAUCGUAAAUUUCCUCCUGAAACAGUUUACAACAUUGCUUUAUCUGUGAUAAAUGUUUUAGAAUACAUCCACAGUAAUGGUUAUAUUCAUGGGGAUGUGAAGCCUGCAAACUUAUUGCUGGGUCCUAAUAAGAAAACUGAAAAUCAAGUUUAUUUGGUUGAUAUGGGUUUAGCUUGUAAAUAUAUGCGAGAUGGAUCUCAUAAAAAAGAAGAGCCUGAUCCUAAAAAGGCUCACAAUGGAACUCCAGAAUUUACUAGCAGAGAUGCUCAUAGAGGGUGUUUUUCUAGACGAAGUGAUCUGGAGUUACUUUGUUACAACAUGUUACAGUGGCUUUGUGGUGAACUUCCUUGGGAAUGCCACAAAGCAAACAAUGUGAAACUUCAACAAGAAAAAGAGAAGUUCAUGAAGCACAUUGAUGACAGUUUAGAUGAAUUAUUUGAAGAUGAGGAUUGCCCUGUUGUCAUCAGAAAGCUUCUAAGUUAUGUUGGAGAGCUGAAAUUUGAAGAUGAACCAAGCUAUGAAUUAUGCCGAAAAGUUUUGAAGGAGGAACUGAAAAAACUUGGAUGUGAAAAAAGUUCUGUUUUAAACUUCAAAAGUCCUGCUAAGAAAACGAAAGUCCCUGCAGCAAAGAAAGUUAAAACUGUGUCUGAUAAAGAAAAUACUAAAGGUGCAAAAGCUAAACAAGAAAAAAGGAAGUGUGAGACACCACCCGUACUAGAUCCUGGAAUAAUACCUACUCCUGCCAUGUUAGAAAUUCUUCAAAAAAGAUCUCUGGCUAAAGAAGCUAAAACUCGAAAAAAGAAGUGAAACACUGGACGAUGUUUUUGCAAUUUAUUUUAACUGAAAUUCUUUUAUAUAAAUAAAAUGUUUCCUUUCCAUUAAAAGAACAAACUUAGUUUCUUCAUAAACAAGAGAUCUUCGCAUUAAGAUCCCUUUUUCUUUUCUUUUGUUGUUGUCAUUCCAUAAUAAAGUUUUUUUUUUCUAAA